CCCAUUUGAGGCAUUGCAUCCCAUCUUUCAUAGCCCAAACUCCUGUCACCCCAUCUGUGCAGCUUUACUCCUUGUCACCUGAAGAUCCGAACUCCCAAUUCCAUUGCGACCUUGACCCCACGAAUCUAUUUGACCCGAAGCCUGCCGCUCGCAAAGAGAUCAUCUCUGGGCCAAUUCAAUUUUCGCACCCUUUUGAACCUUGCCGCCACUCUAAGUCAUAUUUCUUUUCCAUUCCCGCAGCAAACGACGAAGAUCUGCUUGCCGCCCUCCUGCAAGCCAACCGCCCAAUCUACGGGCAAACGGUCGGCGCUCUGCAAAGCAACAUCAGGCACCCGGCUGGCAUUGCGCUCAGCGUGAUCCCUCACUUUUGGGCCACACUGCAAUCCGGCCUGCAUCUUUUUACAGCAAAUUGUGGCGCGUUGCCGCCAUAGGCGCUCAACAUGAUCCUGUCGCCGCGAAGCCGCCGGCCGCUGGUCCUGGCCGUAAUUAUUGGCAUCUUUUUUAUGUUCCUAAUUCAUCGAUCCCAACCAGAUACAGGAUUUCCGACAAUAUUUAAGCCGCAGCAAGCACCGGUUGGCAGUCAAGGCUCUUGGACUGCACCAAAGCCAGCAGUCGCCGCAGACAGUCAAGGCUCCUUGAUUGUACCAAAACCACCAGUCUCAGCGUUCGACGAUGAACCCUCGCCGCAGCUGGUAGAAUAUUGGACCGCGGUUCUCGAUGCGGUCAUGGAGGCGGAACCUCAGAUCCAGGCAAUCAAGCUCUCGCAGCCGAGCCCAGAUGCUGAAGACACGGACCCAAAUGUGCAGAGGUCAAAAGAAAUCGAUAUCGUUCGUCGGAUAGAGCACGUCGUCAUGACCGCUUCGGAUCGCGCAAUACUCAAGUCCACUCAUGCGCAGAUGGUCAAGAGUGCAAAACAGCUAGGUCCGACGAUACCUUAUAAGAAGAACUCCAAAGGCAUCGUCAUGACCGCCGGCGGCAAAUACGUCGGAAACGCGAUUCUAUCGCUCACCAUGCUCCGACGUACCGGCUCCAAGCUCCCCGUGCAGCUCUUCAUCGAUGGUGCCGACAACUCUACCCGUGCACUCUGCGAGGGGAGCCUCCUCGACCUUGGUGUGGAAUGCCGAAGCAUGGAUGCCAUGUUUGAUACUACUCCCCACAUGCCUGAGCUGAAAAAGUACCAAUACAAGGUCUUUUCGCUCCUAUUCUCGUCCUUUGACGAUGUGCUAUUCCUUGAUGCGGACUGCUACCCACUAUACAGCCCUGACCACCUGUUCGAUGCCGAUCCAUACAAGUCGUAUGGUUUGGUCACCUGGCCCGAUUUGUGGAUAUCAACCGUAUCGCCAACCUAUUAUGAGAUCGCCGGUGUCAGCAAGCCGCCGACUGUCCGGACGCGACGCACCUCCGAAUCGGGCGUAUUCAUGAUCAAGCGCUCAACGCACGCCGAGGAUCUUUUACUGGCCACCUACUACAACUUUUAUGGCCCGGAAAGGUACUAUAGGCUGUUGUCUCAGGGUAGCCACGGCGAGGGCGACAAAGAGACAUUCCUGCACGCUGCCAUAGCGCUUGACAAGCCGUUUUGGGACGUUCACACGGUUCUAGGCUUCCUGGGCAGGUGGCUCAAUGGCUCCUUCGAGGGCGUGGGCAUGAAGCAGGCUGAUCCCAUUAAGGACUUUAACCUCUGGAAAGCUGAGGACCGCGAUCAUGCCGUGGAUGGCCCGGACUCGCCCAGGUCCCCGUAUAUGUUCAUGCAUUUUAACAACCUGAAGGUUGACGUUCAAAACUCAUUGAAUGAGGUUAUGGACAAGGUGCUGAGAAUAAACGGCACCGGGCAUGCCACCCCGUUAUGGGGUGACGAGUCGUCGUUGAAUAAACUAGUCGGCUAUGAUAUCGAGAAGGUGAUGUGGGAGGAGGUCAUCAGAUUGGCCUGCACCGACCCAGUCCAGGACGGAUGUGAUCGUCUGAUUCCCUGGUACCAAAAAAUGUUUCUCAAGUCAAAAAAGUCAGGCUGAGGAUAAACGAAGGGGAAGAGAAACAUGAUCAUGGGAAGGAGCAGAAGAAGAGGCUUCGAAUCAACAUAAGCAGCUCAAGCGUCGGUCGACGCGAUUAAGGUCAUUGGGAAGACCUAAGGAAUCAGAAACGACCAAGAGCCGUGGUUUGAAGCCACAUGAGCUCAUACUUUGGGUGGUGAACGCCGGCGACUUGCCAGUCGCGUCUACGGCGAACAUACAUACGCGCCCAGGCCAGCUAGAGGACUUGGUUUCACGACGACAUGAGUCAGUGGAAGCAUUGCUAACAAUGGAGCUUGUUGCUUAUCGGACUUUUGACACCACGAGCCAGUCAUUGAGCACGUCAUGAGAAUGUCUCCUUCAGACUAUGGAACGGCUGUGGCACAAAGCGAUGAAAGCUUGAGGUAGCCAGUAGAGCUUACCAGCUUACCCGAGUACAUCAAGAUGUAGGGUAUACGUGAUUUGUACGAUAAAGCUUCUUCAGGUUCCAGUCCUAUUUUUUUCUAUGUGCCUACCUUUUCUUCACUUAUUACACAAUGUUGUGAUGACCCAAUUAGAUAUUUUAUUCUAAUGCUAUUCCGACUAAGAAGAGCUUAUCUAAUUCAGAUGGUGACAAAUUUAUCAG